AUGUCUGAGAGUUUUUCUAAGAAACAUGUUCAUCCUAAGCACGUAGAAGAUACUCAAGCUAGUGAAAGUAGCAGUGAUUCUUCAAGUAGUGACGAAAACAACAGUAAUGACGAUGAACAACAAAAGAACGAUACAGAAAGUUCCGAAGAGGAUGAAGAAGAGGAUGAAGAAGAAGAAGAAGAAGAGUCUAUUAGUGGUGAAAAUUCCGAUGAUGACUCCGAACAAGAAGAGGAUGCCAAAUCAACUGAGAGUUUCAGCGAGAAUGAAGAUGAUGAUAUGAAUGAAACAGAAAGCACUACGUCGAGUGAAAAUGAACAUGACAAGGAAUUAAAUAACUAUUUUUUUCCUUGGUUUAUCAUUGUUAAUGGCAAUGAUACUUACCAGAACGAGCAUAAUGAGAAAGAUACAAAUGAUUUUGAAAAACAUGUUAAGCAUUUAUUAGGCGAAGUAGCUAUAGGUCUAACAUUAGAACUAUGUGAAAAUAUUCAGAUUACAAAACAUUUAUCAACCAAUGAUUCGACUAGUUUCAUUACUUGUUGUUUCGAUUACGCUGGAAAGAAUUUAACCAACAACGAUUAUAAUAAAAUGAAGCGUAUGAUGAAAGAUGCAGCGAUUCCAUUUGGGCUAUUAUUUGUUGGUUCACAAACAAGUAUCGACGAUAAAAAAUUAACAGUCGAUGAUUUGAAAAUUGUCAAAGAUAAUGGUAAUGACAAUGAAGUAACUAAACAAAUGACAAAAAUUUUAGCUGAUAAAAUUCAAACAUUUAGAAUGAAAAAAUGA